AUGUCGAUUGUCUCGCCCUACUCGCCGUUCUUCAUCUCCGGCCUGCACUCGCGCCACAGCAGCCUCCCAGAGUCCGUCGCGCCCUCGUCCUUCCUCGACACCUUCAUCGACGACGAGCGCUCGCUCUACCCCAGGCACUCCGUCGCGUCCAGCGACUUCCUCAGCCUCGAUCUCGCAGCGCCCCCGCCCGAACUCGCAGACCGCUACAGCAAGGCUACCAAGCGCUCAUCUGGCCUCCUGCCAUGGUUCGCGUCCCCCCAUGCCACAUACCGGACAACACCGGUCCAUCGUAGAAGUAAUAAUGCUAAUAUCGACCGAACGCGACCGCCUAAGAACCCACCAACCGCGCCCCUACCCGCUUCACCGACGCUAACGUCGUCUAAACCAAUGUCCCCUCCCGUACCGACUCUCACCCUCGUCGCCUCGCAUUCAACCAUUCCCGAGGACAUCCUGCACCUCGUCCCCGGCGAAGACGAUGACAUCAUGCCAAUAUCGGCGUCCGAGGUCUCCCAGUCUAGAGCCGCGGACAAGCGCGAAUCCACCUCCACUCGCAACACUAGUUCCACCGGACGCACCGUAUCCACCCACUACCGCACGACGAAGCGCGACGACGCGCUAGCAGCCCUAGAAGGCCUCCGCCGAAUGCGCUCCAACGACACCCUCCGCUUCGCAAAAUUCAAGGCGCGCGCUAUUGCGAAGGCGCAACGGGAGCGGGAGCGCGUAGCGCAGGGCGUCAACUGGAUCAGCAUGAGCGACGACGAAGACGAGGACGCAUCCUUCUGGCGUACGUCCACGUCAUCGACCUCGCACCUCGUCUCUUCGUGGCGCGUGUCCUCCACUUCGUCGCGGACGGCCUCGCCAGACGCGGACACGAGACGCCGGCGGGGUACCUCCUGCGCGCUAGAUUUCGACUUCGACGUGGAUCACACGCUCGGGUUCGAUGCCCUGUGCGACGAUACGGAUCGCACAAGCACCGACGACCUGCCGAUCCCCACGCCGCACGUCUUCGCGCGGUGCGAGUCGACCGUCCCGCCCUUGCGCGAGUCUACUGUUCUUCCCGCGUCCAUCGUCCUCCCCGCGCGCGAGGACGACCGCGCGUCGCUGGACAGCAUGACAUCGGAGUCGGACGAGCUCGACGGCUUUGUCGUCGUCACCUCGCCCUACUUCGACCAGCGCGCUUCCGCAUCAGACUCGGGGCUCGUGCUCGCACGGUCGUCGAAUCACCUCUCGCCCUCGUAUACGUACAUGGACGUGCCGCCCUCGCCUGCGCACUCAGCGCCUACGCACCGGCCGAACAAGUCGACGCCGUCCUUCUUGCGACCGCCCUCGCUUGGGUUCUCCGGGCGCAAGAAGGCGCUGUCGAUCUCGGGCGGGAGCAAGGCGCCGUUCGCGGGCUCGAGCAAGUCCCCCUUCCAUGGCUCGGGCAAGUCGCCCCUGUCCGUGUCGACGAAGUCCCCGCUGUCCAGAUCGCCAUUAUCUGCCUCGGUCGAAUCCCCUACCACUCCGCGGCCGAAGAAGUCCAAACGUGGGCGGUCUCAUCAUGAGAAGUCCUCGUCGGCGGACAAGGUGGAAAAGGGCUCAAGGAAGCUGAAGUCGUUCAUCGACCUGCGGCCGGCUCCGCGGGUGGCGAUGGGGAGGAGCUUUGUGGAGGUGUGGUGA